UUAGUUUUCAAAGUUGAUAUUAUAUAUUUUGAUAUUUUGUUCAAAAAUGUUAGAGGCGAUCUCAGCUAGGCAUCACCCAACACCGUGUCUACGCUCUUCUCCGCAACCGCGACACGGGUGACUGCCGUUUCUACAUCCUCCACCGAAAACUCAACAGCAGUAACCGCUUGGUCAUCGUCCGAUCACUUUCUCCCGUGUCUUACCGUGGAAGCUUUGUCUCGGUGGGUUCGAAGGUGUACGUGUUCAACGAUGUCGAUGCCCUCUGCAUUGACUGUGCCUCCCACACGGCGCAGCCCAUCCCUGACAUGCCACAGCGCUUCUCGGCAACUCCCAUGCCUAGUAGAGUUGCUAAUGUCAUCGACGGGAAGGUUUACCUGAUCGGUGAUUCUCGUUUCACUUCUGAUCAUGGGAUGUCGUGGAGGAAAACAGUGAUGGUGCUUGAUGCAGAAACGCAGACGUGGGAGCCUGUGAUUAGAAAAGAAGACAUGCGGGUUGGUCCUCUUUGGUCUGAUGCGGUGGUGAUGGAGGAUAAGAUUUGCAUGAGAGGUAUUAGGGAGAGCUAUUCUAUUGUUUACGAACCAAAGGAAAACAAGUGGGAGAUGAACGAGGUGUUGAACUCUAAGGACUGGGAGGGUGGGUGUGUGGUUGAUGAUGUCCUCUACUAUCUUGAUUGCUCUGACAAGGCGUUAAGGGCGUUUGAUCCAAAGCAGAGCCGCUGGAGUGUUGUCAACGGUUUGGAAGAGUUUUUGGCGGCUGAGACUACCCAAUCAAAGUGGGCCAAUGCGGUGAAGUGCGGCGAGAAGAAGUUGGCGCUCUUCUUUCUUAAAACACAUGACGGCAAGAAGGUCAUUUGCUGCGCGGAGAUCGCUUUGGAAAGGCGCCAAGGUGGAGAGAUUUGGGGUAAGAUGGAGGCGUUUGAUGUUGUCAUCGAGGAUGGUGGGCUGUUUGACGUGAUGAAAUGUGUAGCUGUUACGGUUUGAUGCAGCAUGAACUCUAUUUAGGUCUUUCGUAUUUUCAUUUAUCCUAAAUGCCAUUACGUGUGGUUGUAAUUUCACUUAUCCUAAAUGCCAUUUCGUGUGGUUGUAAGACUUGUGCUGUGUUCAGUUAAAUUUGCUAUGUUUUAA